GCUGAAAGAUGCUGAAUUAUACAUACGUGCGUUGACAGUUAACCGACGACCGAAUAUAAAUACAUAGGCUUUCACAUAACAAAAAAGUAGAUUUUCAGUGUUUAGAUUUGUAUUAAAAAAGUCUACCAAUUGUGUAAAGACAUCGUUACUUUUCCCAGUUGUUCAUUACUCAGGGCGUAAUAUGUCUAAGACCAAACCAAUUUUGCUGCGGGUCCAGUCAUCCGAUGGUACAAAAAGGAUUGAGAUCGCCGCAAAUGCAUCGUUGACGGAAUUGUACGAGACCAUAUUCCUGGCAUUCAACUACAAAGAUUAUGGUUUCGGUGUGUUCCUGGAGCGCAGUCAUUCCAAAGAGCUUCCAUCGAGCCGGACCAAAAGUUUAACGGAUCUCAACAUCAAGCAUGGUGACAUGGUUUACAUAAAAAACAUUUCGGGAGCGUCGACGAGUUCGUCAGAAGUAAAAUCGACUCCGAUCCCAUCAAUUGUACCCAUUGUGGCAUCCAUUAAGCCUGCUAAUUUAUCUGGUGAAGACGAGGUUGACGUUCAAUUGGCCAAAAUUGACGGAACGAUUAAACGUAGUCGUGAUCCCAAAUUGUGUCGACACAAUUCAAACGGUUGUUGUGUCCACUGCUCACCAAUCGAGCCAUGGGAUGAGGCCUAUCUGAAAGAGCAGAAAAUCAAACAUCUGUCGUUCCAUGCGUACAUUCGCAAGCUAACGUCCGGUGUUGAUCGCGGGAAGUUCGUCGCACUAGAAGACAUCAGUUGUCGCAUCAAAUCCGGCUGCGGUGAUCAUCCACCAUGGCCGAAAGGUAUCUGCUCGAAAUGCCAACCGUCGGCUAUCACACUGAAUCGACAGAUUUACCGUCAUGUGGACAAUGUGAUGUUUGAAAAUACGGCACUGGUCGAACGAUUUUUGAACUACUGGCGCACAACGGGUCACCAGAGAUUGGGCUAUUUGUAUGGAACGUAUGAAGUGAACAAUGCUGUACCAUUGGGAAUCCGAGCACUCGUUGCUGCCAUCUACGAACCACCACAGGAGAGCAACCGAGACUCGAUAAAACUACUUGAAGAUGAACAUGCCAAGGAGGUUGAUGAACUGGCCACUGCACUGGGACUUAAAAAGGUCGGCUGGAUAUUCACGGAUUUGAUAGCCGAUAAUCCAGCUGAAGGAACGGUUAAACAGAUUCGCGGCAUUGAAACACAUUUCUUAACGUCGCAAGAGUGUAUUAUGGCUGGUCAUUUACAAAAUCAACAUCCAAAUAUUUCCAAAUAUUCGUCGAAUGGAACGUUCGGUUCGAAAUUCGUAACGGUUUGUGUAACCGGCGACGCCAAGAAACAAGUGCACAUGGAGGGAUAUGCAGUUUCCGCUCAAUGUAUGGCAUUGGUGAGAGAUAAUUGUUUGUUACCGACGAAAGAUGCACCGGAAUUGGGAUAUGUUCGUGAAUCGUCAGAUAAGCAGUUCGUUCCGGAUGUCUACUACAAAGAAAAAGACCAAUACGGCAACGAAGUAUCUCGAUUAGCGCGUCCAUUACCUGUCGAAUAUUUGUUAGUCGAUGUACCCGCAUCGACUCCAGUCGCACCAAUCUAUACAUUCACUGUGCGCGACGACAGACAAAUGUUCCCGGUAGAGAAUCGAUAUUUAGACGGUCAUUUACAGGAUUUCAAUGCACUGUGUGCAUACAUAUCGAAUUGGUCGACGAACGAUUUCUUGGAGGCUGUUUCGGAUUUCCAUUUACUGUUAUAUUUAUUCCGGAUGGACAUGUUGCCGAUGAAAUCGGCUAUGUCUCCUUUACUAAAUGCCGUUCGAACCAGGGAUAAUAACUUAGCGCUGGAGUGGAAAAAACAGGAAGUAUGGACCACAUUGGAGUCAUUAAUAUUGGCUAGUUCCGUACAAUCUGGUGGCAGUGGCAGCUAUCCAAGCGAAGCUGGUCAGGCUGGCGCUCGUGCUGAAACUUGGACUUGCGAUCACUGCACCUUUAUCAAUGGUGGGAAUUUGAAUAUUUGUGAAAUGUGUGGACUGCCUAUGGAAUAAAUGGACGUUGAGUGCUGUGACUUGUUUUAUGAAAUAAAAUUAUUCACUCACCGGUCGAUGUAAAGGGAACAAACGACAACUUAUGUUAGUUUCUUUGAAAGAGAAGAAUUAUUUUUUUUUUGUUUUUUUAAUUUUAAAUAAAUUUCAGUGAAAAUUCAGAUAUGUUUCAUGUAAUUUUUGGUUUCUUACUCUACCUUAACGGUGAGAAUAAAAAAAAAUAAUAUUUAAUCUGA